AUGUAUCCCAAUUUUAGGCCUAUAGGCCAAAGGGAUACAUCCAUCCCCCAUCAUCAGGUGGAUGAGGACACAGGAAUGUGGAUAGUUUGUCCAGGAUAUAGAGCAAACAAUACUCCAGAGCACACCAUCAUUCACACUGAUGCUAUCUAUCAUGCUGCCCAUCUUAUUCCCAUGGUUUUGCUGAUGUAUGGCAUGGAACUCCUGUGGCAGGAGCUCAAGUUUUAUCAUUCCUAUGAUGCAUUUCAGACUUACUAUGUCAACAAAUAUGCUGACCAUCACACCGUUGAGAUUGCAUUUUGA